AUGUCCAUGUCGACCGAAGUCAUUCUAAAUAAUCUAGUACAGAGUGCAGUCAGUGAACAGGUGAGGUCAUUGGUAGUCGUUGCGUCUAUAGCUGCGGUCGCUCUCAUAGUUGCAUCGUGUGCCGCGGCAUGGCUGAUCUUGGGGAGGCUGGACAGAAUCUGCAACAGGCACAAGGAGAUUGAUGAGCUCCUGAUGGUGUGCCAGCAGAGAGCAAAGUCUUCUCGUGGCUACUGGGAUGCUGCCUAUGAGAAGAAUUCACCCAAGUAUAUUCGCGAGGGGAGCAUCCAUUCGUACCGAGAGGAUGGGUCAGAAGAAUUCAGGGAGGGCUUGUCGGACAACGAAUCACAGCACUCGAUGGAAUCAUAUGCAUCCGAGCAAUUUUACAUGAUGUCAGAGAACGUAAACCAGAACGUUCAGUACCAGCAGGACUCGUCGAGCAUGGGAGACACAUCGUGGAGGCACUACACGUCAGCAGCAGCAGCAACAACAACCGCCGUCUUCUCCUAUCCGUCAGCCUUCGUCGCCCGUUCGACGCCCUGA